AUGAUUAUAAUUAACUUUUGUUUUUACAUGCAACCGUUGAUUGGCUUUGCUCUUAUUGUAAUUGCAAACUCUAAAAUUGAUCUUGGUCUUCCUCUGUUUCAUCGUUUUCUGCGCUCCUCUCCAUCGAUGGCGGAUAAUUAUCCCAAGGAUGAGGUUUAUCUGUCAGCCGUCAUCCCAAAGCGUAUCAAGCUCUUCAAGGAGUUCCAGGCUAAGCAGCUCGAGCAGCUUCAGUCUCUGCCACACGAUCCGAUCAAGGUUAGGGUUACAACUGGAGAUGGUAACAAGGUGAAAGAAGGGAAGAGAUGGGAGACCACUCCCAAGGACAUGGCCAUGCAGGUUUCUAAAGGUUUGGCAGAUUCAGCGCUGGUCUCUUCCGUCAACGAUGUGUUGUGGGACAUGGAUAGGCCACUGGAAGGUGAUUGUUCACUUGAGUUUUUCGAAUUCGAUAGCGACAAAGGCCGUGAUGCUUUCCGCCAUUCUAGCGCCCACAUUCUCGGCCAGGUUCUUGAGCAGGAGUAUGGGUGUAAGCUAUGCAUUGGAUCCUGCACAACUAGAGAGGAGGGUUUCUAUUAUGACGCAUUCUAUGGCGAUCUUGGCUUAAACGACAAGCACUUUCCAAACAUCGAAGCAGCUGCUGCAAAAGCUGCUCUGCUAUCGUUUCCUUACAGUAUAACAUGUGAAUUUAUAAUGUCACUCAGGUGUUUUAUCACAUUAGCUACUGCUUCUAAGUCUACAUCUCUUCAGGAAGGACACCCAUUUGAAAGGAUUGAAGUGACUAAGGAUCAAGCACUUGACAUGUUUUCUGAUAAUAAGUUCAAGGUUGAACACAUCAAAGACAAGAUCGUUACAGUCUACAGAUGUGGCCCCUUGGUUGAUUUGUGUAGUGGACCACAUAUACCAAGUACUUCUUUUCUGAAAGCUUUCAAGUGUUUGAAGGCAUCACCAGCUUACUGGCGAGGUAACAGAGAAAGCGAGAGCUUGCAGAUAGUUUAUGGGAUAUCUUACCCAGAUGAUAAGCAACUGAAGGCUUAUCUCGAGUCUAUAGAAGAAGCGAAGAAGUAUGACCACAGACUAUUGGGCCAACAGCACCAACUUUUCUUUUGUCACCCACUCAGCCCUGGGAGUUGGUUCUUCCUCCCACAUGGCACUCGCGUGUAUAACAAGUUAAUGGAAUUCAUUAAGAAAGAAUAUUGGGAAAGGGGUUACACAGAGGUCAUUUCACCAAAUAUGUACAAUAUGAGUCUCUGGGAAACAUCCGGACAUGCUGCAAACUACAAGGAAAAUAUGUUUACAUUUGAUUUCGGGCUCAAACCUAUGAAUUGCCCUGGUCACUGCUUGAUGUUCCAACACAGAGUUCGCUCAUAUAAAGAGUUACCCAUUAGAUUGGCUGAUUUUGGAGUGUUACAUCGAAAUGAGGCAAGUGGAGCCCUUAGUGGGUUGACCGAUGUCCGACGGUUCCAACAGGAUGAUGCACACAUAUUCUGUACAGAGAAACAGGUUAGUGGAGAAGUGAAAGGUGCAUUGGAUUUCGUUGACUUUAUUUACACAAAUUUUGGGUUUACCUACGAGCUAAAGCUUUCAACGCGGAACGAAGGAGACGGGGCAUUUUAUGGCCCAAAGAUAGACAUAACAGUUUCUGAUGCAAUGAAAAGGAGAUUCCAGUGUGCUACUUUACAGGAUGAAGGGAAGAUUGAGAGACCUGUGAUGAUACAUAGAGCGGUGUUGGGGUCUGUUGAGCGUAUGUUUGCCAUAUUGUUGGAGCAUUACAAAGGCAUAUGGCCCUUCUGGCUUAGUCCGCGCCAGGCCAUUGUUUGCUCUUUGUCAAACACCAAAGAUCAUCAGGAAUACGCAGAAAAGGUGAGAGAACAAAUUCACGAAGCUGGGUACUACGUUGAUGUUGACACAACGGACAGAGACGUCAAUUGUGGUCUUGUGUUGGUGCGAGAAGCUCAAGUUGCGCAAUAUAACUACAUACUGGUUGUGGGUGAUGAAGAGAAAACAACAGGACAGGUGACUGUUCAACUAGGAGACGAAGACCCUUCAAAAUUUCCAGUGAUGAUGAGCAUCGAGACUCUGCUGGAUGAGUUCAAGCUCAAGACUGCCAACUUUCUCUGAGACCCAUCGGUUUAAAAAAAAUCUUUUACAUGCAUUAAUAUGUUUUUCUAUCUGCACCUCACACACAUAAAUUGAUUCAUAACACAAAUAUAACAUUAUUAUAAACUACUGGACUACUAGCUGUACUAAUUUCAUGUUAGAAUCUUAAAUUUUUUCACUUUUUAUACUUUUCACCCC